AAUGCACUUUUGACCAUUGUUUAUAGAGACUUGGAUCAUAAUAAGAUUUCUUUUAUAGAAAAUGAAGCAUUUCUCGGCUUAUUAAAGUUACAGAUUCUAUAUUUAAAUCAAAAUCAGUUAACAGAAGUGGCUCCUGAUAGUUUUAAUAAUUUGAUUCAUUUGCAUAUCCUGAAAGAUUCUACUCGCGCAUAUUUAUGCUGCAUUGUUCCUGCAAAGAUUACUACCUGCUCGCCAUCUCCUGAUUUAGAUUCUGCUUCAAGUUGUGAAAAUAUUCUUGCUCAUACGACUUUACAAUUAGCUGUUUGGAUUAUGGCUAUCGCUGCGUUCAUUGGAAAUAUAAUGGUCAUCGCCAAUAAUCGUUCUGAUAAAACUCGCAAAACGAGCAAAGCUACUGAAUUAGUCUUCACGAAUUUAGCAUUGUCUGAUUUCUUAAUGUCAAUAUAUCUAAUUAUCAUUGGAAUCGGCGAUUUCGUAUAUCGUGAUCGUUAUGCUCACAAUACUGAAGAAUGGCUUAGAAGUCCUACUUGCGUCAUAGCAUCAUUUUUAAUAUGUACAUCAAGUUUAAUGUCAGUUCUUAUGAUGUUGUUUAUAGGCAUCGAUCGUUACACAAUUACUUCAGAUCCCUUUGCAUCAUCGGAUACAAGAUAUAAAAGGACUAAAAUAUUACUCGUAUUAGGAUGGCUACUAGUAGGAGUUUUCGUAGGCAUACCAGUUUUUAUGAGUAUUAACCAACCCGGCGACAGGCGUCUAUAUCAGUUAAGUUCAAUUUGCUCUCCAAGUAAUUUAAGCGAUCGAUUCUAUGCUAGUUGGACAAUUUCAUUUGUAGUAAUUCAACUUUUAUGCUGGAUUUUAACUUUAGCACUUUAUUUAAAAUUAGUAACUAUAGUAAGUAAAACGCAGCGUUCUGUUCGAAGUAGUGCUCAAUCACGCAGUUUUGCCGUUGCUAUUCGGAUAUCACUGAUCAUAAUAACAGAUUUAUUGGCUUGGCUACCAGUUUAUAUUAUUUCCGUUAUGUCCAUCGCACAAGGCACCCUAAAUAUAUUCAUUCUACAAUUUGCUGUCAUCUUAGCUAUUCCACUGAAUUCGGCUAUUAAUCCAUAUAUUUAUACG